AUGGUAUUGCCUACAAAGGAAAAUCUUUUUAAGAAGAAGGUGGUACCUGACAGGUUCUGUCCUAUAUGUUGUAGGGAAGAGGAGACCAUUUAUCAUGUACUUUGGAACUGUCAUGCAGCUGGUGAUGUAUGGGCAGCGAGGGAGAGUUCAUUGCAGAAAUGGAAUUGUGAUGAAGGGGAUUUUAUUCAGUUAUGGGACAAAUUACAUCAAUGCUUUAAUCAAGAGAAACUGGAGGAGAUAUCUGUUAUUUUAGCAGGGAUUUGCACAAGGCGAGAUGUUAAAUGGAUGCCACCCAUAGCAGACUUUACAAAAGUAAAUUUUGAUGCAGCCAUAGACCAAGCAGAGAAGAAAAUGGGAAUUGGAGUAGUAGGCAGAAACUUUAAAGGGGAGUUGCUGUUUUCUGUCUAUGCUGUUAAGAUGUUUAUUGGACCUGUAGAUCUAGCUGAAGCAAAUGCAUUAUGGAGAGCAAUGGAAAUAUGUAGUGAUUUAAAUAUUCAGCAAGUUCAGUUUGAAGGGGAUGCUCCUAAAGUUAUUACUGAUAUCUGCAAGAAAGGAGCAACAAGUUCAUGGUUGGGACAGCAAGUGGAUGAGAUCAAGUCUCUACUUCAACAAAUGCCAGAUUGGGAUGUUAAGUUUGUCUACCGAGAAGGCAAUAGUGUUGCACAUGAGUUGGUCAGAAGGGCUUUACACAUGAGUGAUGAAGUAAUUUGGAUGGAAGAGGGACCGAGUGAUCUCAUGUAUCUGAUAGACAAGGAAAAGCCAUGUAUCUCAUGA